AUGAAUGAUCAAAAGUUUACUGCUACUGUUACCGGAACAUUGAAGAAUGACGUUACCGUACAAACCAAACUUGUGGUUGCAUUUGGUGAUUCAAAUGGAGCUGCCUUAGCAGACCCAUUGUUUUUGAUGCUUGUACUGGAAGUGGAUGUCCAAUUAAAGCUGUAUGGCAAAUUCAGAAAGUGA